CAUCAAACAAGAACACACACACAUACACACACUAGUGUGUGAAAACCAUGAAUGUUUGUCAUCCUCCUUUGGGCCCCACACAUCUAAUCUCCUAAUUCUGUCCUAUCUCCUCUCUCUCUCUCUCUUCUCCACAAACAAAAAGACCCAACCCUUCUUUCCAAAUUCCUUUUGAUAACACACACACCACUGUGUGUUUUGUGUGUGUGGGUGUUUUGUUAACUUGUUGGUCAGUUUUUCACUUUUCAAGAUUUUAAGAUUUCAAGAAGACCCUUUUGCCAAAUCCCCAAACAAACAAAUACCCUUUUUCCAAAAUCAAAUUUUGAUAAAGAAUCCGAAAAAAAUAUGACCCAUUUGGAGUUCUUGAAGAAGUUCAAGAAACUGAAGCCAUCUGAACUGAGUUGUGUGUUUGUCAGUUUUUGUUUCAUUUUGUGUCUGUUUUUCUUGGACUACCGGUCCGUGGGUUCAGGGUUCAGGGCUCGUGGGCACCGUGGGUUGGGUGUGUGGUUCGGGUUCAGUGGGUCUGGUCAUCCGGGUCAUGACCUGUUUGGGUUUCUUGAAAUGGGUCCGGGUCAAAAGUGUGACAUAUUUGAUGGUAGUUGGGUGUGGGAUGAGAGUUAUCCACUUUAUGAAUCUAAAGAUUGUUUGUUGUUAGAUGAUGGUUUUAGAUGUUCUGAAAAUGGAAGACUUGAUCAGUUUUAUACCAAGUGGAGAUGGCAACCUAAAGAUUGUAACUUGCCCAGAUUUGAUGCAAAAACUAUGCUAGAAAGACUGAGAAACAGAAGAUUAGCAUUUGUUGGUGAUUCAAUUGGAAGAAACCAAUGGGAAUCCCUUUUGUGUUUGUUAUCAACUGCUGUAACAAACAAAUCUUCAAUAUAUGAAGUUAACGGAAGACCGAUAACUAAACAUACCGGUUUCUUGGUGUUUAAAUUCCCUGAGUUUAAUUGCACGAUCGAGUAUUACCGGGCCCCAUACCUGGUCCUGCAGAGUCGGCCGCCAGCUGGCUCAUCAAAACAAGUGAGGACCACUUUGAAACUCGAUAAAAUGGAUUGGGGCUCUGUGAAAUGGAAAGGCGCGGAUGUUAUCGUGUUCAAUAGCGGGCAUUGGUGGAAUUCUGAAAAAACUAUACGCGAGGGCUGUUACUUUCAAGAAUCCGAAGAUGUGAAAAUGAAUAUGAGCAUCGAAACUGCAUACCAAAAAUCAGUCGAUACAGUUUUGAAUUGGAUUAGUAAAGAAGUAGAUACAAAUAAGACACAAGUUGUUUUCCGAAGCUUUUCUCCUGUGCAUUUCAGGGGCGGUGAUUGGAAAUCCGGUGGUAGCUGCCACCUCGAGACACUGCCAGACUUGAGUUCAUCACCAGUUUCACCGAGCACAAUGUUUUUCCCGAACAUAGUUGGCUCGGUGCUAUCCAAACACAAUAACGGGUCAUCAUCACAAACAACAUUGGACAUAUUAAACGUGACAUACAUGUCAUCAAAGCGAAAAGAUGGUCAUGCAUCUGUAUAUUAUUUGGGCCCGAAAGAUGGCGGGCCCGCACCUUUACGCAGGCAAGACUGCAGCCAUUGGUGCUUACCUGGCGUCCCAGAUUCUUGGAACGAGCUUCUGUAUGCAGUCUUUCUUAAACGUGAAUAUUCCGUUGCUGGGAAUUAUACAGCCAAUAGUCCACAACCAAUGUGAUCUACGGUAACGAAAGGUGGGACGAUGAAAGCGGACAAUGGAUAGUUUGAGAUCUUGGCGAGGUGGGUUUAUCAGUGGCGGCAGAUGGCGGUCUUAAAGUUGAAAGUGGCAUAAUUGUGAUGGGAAUUCAGUGCCAAUUGCAUUGAUGAGAAAUUUGAUUUGUAAAGAUUUAGGGGAGUUUUUACAUGUAGAGUUGGGGUGGUUGGGUAUAGAAAGCAUUGAUUCAUUCAUCUUUGAAUUGAAUAGAAAAGAAAUACAUAUUUUGGUGUUAUAAUUGGAGUAAUUUGUAAAUGUAAGGUCUUGUUUGCAAUUUCUUGGCUUAUUUCUGUAAAGAUACAACUUGAAUUAAA